UGGAAAGAGAUAGCGCAAUGCCGGCAGCUACGAGCGGCAGGGGCCCUGCUGGUGCUACGCGCUUGUCGCUUCCAUCCACAGUGGCGCCGCUUCGAUCUGGCACUAUUGCGCGACUGGCUCGGUCGUCCAGGGAUUUAAUCGAUCAACUUGGCGUCGUGAGUGACAGGGGAGUGAUUGAGAGCUGGGAAUGGAGUGGAGGAGGAGGCUGGGACUAGCAUUGUGGAUUUUUGGGCGAUUUCUUCUCCACGUACUGGGAGCUACUAAUACUCGAGAUGUUGCUGCUUUGCAGCUCCUUUUCAAGAACUGGCAAUCAACCCAUCUCAACUGGACGGAUUAUGAUCCCUGUGGCUCUUCCUGGCGGGGAGUUGUGUGUAACAACAGCACAAACUCGGUUAUACGAUUGAUUUCCAACCGAGGAGACAUAACUGGCACACUAUCAUCCGCUAUUGGAGAUCUCACCGAUUUAGUGGCCCUGGACCUUUCCUUCAACCCACAAUUGACAGGAGAGAUUCCAAAAGAGCUCGGCCGGCUGACAAACUUGCAAUACUUGAGUUUGCAAGGAUGCAACUUUUAUGGAUCAGUGCCAAAAGAGCUUGGGCUUCUCAAAAACAUGAAGUUCUUUGCGUUAAACAUGAACAAAUUGACAGGAAGUAUUCCUCCGGAGCUUGGUGGCUUCCCGAAUGUUACUUGGUUUGACAUCGCACAAAAUGGUCUUACUGGUCCGCUGCCAGUUUCUACGUCAGUUCCUCAAAAUAUUGGCCUCGACAACCUCACCAGCGUUGUUCACAUCCAUCUUUUCAACAACUCAAUAUCAGGAAGUCUACCCAAGGAACUUGCGACGCUAAAGUUUCUUAGACACUUGAUGGUUGAAAACAACGCUCUCACUGGAGAAAUUCCAGUGGAGUACGGAAACUUUGCGGCUUUGGAGAUUUUGAGGGUUGACAAUAAUCGUGUUCAAGGUACCAUUCCCGCUACUAUCAAUCAGAUACCAAAGCUUUUGGAACUGCACCUUGCCAACAACAGUCUAGUGGGUACUCUGCCAGAUUUUUCUGCUCUGAAGGGCAUACUGCUUUUAAAUGUGGGUGAAAACGUUUAUGGCCCUCAACCGUUUCCGCCGGGCAUUUCAAAUCUCACAAACUUGCAAACAUUGAAAAUUGACAAGGGGUUUCUGAAUGGGACGAUUCCAGAUGGCCUCUUUGCGCUUCCGGCACUAGAAUCUGUCUCUCUUUCUAAUAAUCAGCUAUCAGGAACAGUCACUUUUCCGAGUACUGUAAAGCGACUAAAGUCUGUAAACUUGAACGGCAACAUGAUCACUCAAGCUAUAGGCAUUGUUGACAGCUUCAAUCUCUCCCUGGUGGGAAAUCCAGUUUGUAGCGACAAUAGCUUUCAUCUGUCCCAAGCUGUCUGCGCGCCAAUAAUCUCACCAACUUGGAACUCUACCAAUCAAACCUGUUCAAUCACUUGUACCGACGGCAAGCUCCGGAAUCUGGAACUGUGUUCGUGUGCUUUCCCUGUCACUAUCAUCUUCCAGUUCAAUGCUCCAUCCUUCUCGGACAUCAGCCAGGACAGAAUGAAUACUGUCAAAGCAAACGUCUCUUAUCAAACUCUCGUAGCUCCGGAACGGGUGACGGUAGGAGGUGCUGCAUGGAUGUCAAGCUAUCGACUUCAAGUUAUAGUUUAUGUGUUUCCUGAGAAAGGAAAGGACAAGAUGGAGUACAGGGAGUCUGAGAAGAUACUUACGCGAAUUGCUCUCCAUACAAAUGCUAGUUUUCCAGCGGAAUUCGGGCCUUAUUCUGUCAUCUCGGCUUUUGCACUUGGAGGUAAUAUUGCUGCAAAAAAAUCAAGUCUUAGCAAAGGUGCAGUUGCUGGGAUCUCAGUUGGAGCAGUUGCGGUAGUCCUGGCUGUAGUUGCGGCUGUCACUUAUGCUAUGUUCCAGAAGAAAAGAGCAGACAAAGCACUAUCCAAACCAUUCACUUCUUGGGGAUCAAUGGGAAAAAGCGGAAGCGCACCAAAGCUCAAAGGUGCUCGAUAUUUCUCACUCCACGAACUUAAUAAGGCGACGAAUAAUUUCAGCAGUGCAAAUGAGAUUGGCUCUGGAGGCUAUGGAAAGGUGUACAAAGGUGUUUUAGUAACAGGAGAAGAAGUCGCAAUCAAGAAAGCUGAGGAAGGAUCCAUGCAAGGCAGCGGCGAGUUUAAGACUGAGAUCGAACUUCUAUCGCGGGUGCACCACAGAAACCUCGUUGGCCUCAUUGGAUUCUCCUACGAGCAAGGAUCACAGAUGCUCGUUUAUGAAUACAUGGCGAGCGGCAGCUUGAGAGAUCAUCUUGGUACAAAUUCAAGGCACCUCAGCUGGAACAAACGCGUCGAGAUUGCUCUUGAUUCAGCCAAAGGUCUGGCUUACCUCCACGAACUUGCCAGUCCUUCUAUCAUCCACAGAGACAUCAAGUCAGGCAACAUCUUACUCGACGAGAAUCUGAAAGCCAAGGUCGCUGACUUUGGGCUGUCCAAGCUUGUUCCACAAACAGAUGGCAAAGGCCAUGUUUCGACACAAGUGAAAGGAACUCUGGGAUACUUGGAUCCAGAGUAUUAUAUGACACAGCAGCUUACAGAGAAAAGCGACGUGUACAGCUUUGGAGUUGUUCUCUUGGAGCUUAUCACAGCCAAGCAGCCAAUCGAGCAUGGUAGAUACAUCGUUCGCGAAGUAAAAGCAGCUCUCGACAGAGGAGGCCUCUCUUAUCUUCUACCGUUGCUGGAUCCAUACCUCAGAGACUAUCCUCGAGAGGAUCUUGACAAGUUCUUGGAGAUAGCCUUGAGCUGCGUCGACGAGUCUGCUAGCAACCGGCCAACCAUGAACGAAGUUGUCAAGGAGCUCGAGAUUUUACUGUCACACAUCUCCAGCUCUGGAUUCACAAGGGAGGCGCGAGCCAGCCCCUUGUACAGCGAUGCCAAGUCUCUCAGGUCUGACGAUUCAUCCUUCCAGUACAGUGGCAGAUUUCCUCAAGUAGUGGAACCAAAGUGAAGUAAGUUUUGCUUACUUUUGGUUCCUUUGGGCUGAUGAGUUUCUUGCGGAUGUACCAUCCAGUGUUUUAUAUCCUGAGUUGUAAAAACCAGUUUUUUUUCCUAGG